GCCCCUUUUUCUUCCAAAAUUAUAAGGAGCGACCUCUCCAAUGGACAACAGCAAAACUGAAGCAUCCGAGGUGUCCUUCUCCCAGUCCAUCGUUUCCAAGUUUGGCACUCUGCCCCAGAGCUUCACCAAAGACCAAUACCACGACCAGGAUUCCAUUGUUGUACCGGCCAUGAAUACCAAUCUUGUCCAGAAUGGUUCCCUCGAUUUUCGAGGCAGGGUCGCCGACAAGCAGCUCACCGGAGGAUGGAAGGGCGCUCCGUUCAUAAUCGUUAAUGAAGUGGCUGAGAGGCUAGCUUUCUUCGCGAUCGCGGUAAACAUGGUGGCCUAUCUGGUGCGAGAAAUGCGGCAGACACUUCCGACGGCGGCGACUCACGUCACCGACUGGAUCGGAGCGGCUUACGUCUUAACCCUCUUCGGAGCCUUCAUCGCCGACUCGUAUCUUGGCCGGUUCCGUACCAUUAUCAUUUUCUCCGGUAUCUACUCUGUUGGGAUGGUGAUGUUGACCGUUUCCGCCUCCGUCGACGGCUUGCGGCCGCCGCCGUGCACAGCUCGGCCGUGCCCGAAGGCGACCGACGGCCAGACCGCCUUCCUCUACUCGGCUCUCGCGCUGAUCGCGCUCGGGACCGGCGGGAUCAAGCCCUGCGUCUCGUCGUUCGGCGCCGACCAGUUCGAUGAGGCCGACCGGAGCGAGGAGAAGAAGAAAUACGCCUUCUUCAAUUGGUUCUUCUUCGCGAUCAACCUGGGAGCGCUGAUCGGAAUCACGCUGAUGGUGUAUCUCGAGCUCAAGAAAGGAUGGAGUUGGGGCUUCGCGGUGCCGACCGCCGCCAUGUUGAUCUCCGUCGUGAUUCUCGCCGGCGGGUUCCGAUUCUACCGGUACCAGAAGCCGAUGGGGAGCCCCUUUACCAGGUUCGUUCAGGUAAUCGUGGUUUCCGUGAGGAACCAUUUCGAUGGGGUGCGGGUGGAGAAUGCAGGCCAACUGUUCGAGGUAAUGACUCAGUCAUCUGAUAUCGUUGGCGCCAGGAAACUUCCCCAUACCAACCAAUACCAGUUCUUCGACAAAGCAGCGAUUGUGAUAGAUGCAGAGGUAGACUCAAGGAGCAGAUGGAAACUCUGCACCGUAACCCAAGUGGAAGAAUUCAAGUCAUUCAUCAGAGUGCUUCCAGUUUGGGCAUCAACAAUCGCUCUCUCCAUCUGCUUCGCUCAGCUCUCGACCUUCUUCGUCAGCCAAGCCGCUAUAAUGAACCGCAAAUUCGGGUCCUCCAACUUCGAGAUCCCAGCAGGUUCAGUACCAGUCUUCUCAGCCAUCAACGCCUUAAUCCUCGUGCCCAUCUACGAAAAACUGAUCGUCCCGAGCAUCCGCAAGCGCACGGGCCACCCUAGAGGCCUCACUUCCCUCCAAAGGAUGGGCGUGGGGCUAUUCAUCUCAAUCUUCGCCACGCUGUCUGCGGCAGUGGUGGAGAAGCGGCGAAGGGAAGACAAGGACAGAGCCAACAUGACCGUGUUCUGGCUGUUCCCUCAGUUUUUUCUUAUUGGCAGCGCGGAGGUGUUUACUUAUGUUGGGCAAUUGGAGUUUUUCUACGACGAGGCGACGGAUGGCACGAGGAGCAUAAGCAGUGCCAUGUUUCUUUCGGAGAUUGGGAUCGGGAGCUGGCUGAGCACGGCGAUCGUGAAGAUCGUCGGGCGGGCGACGGGAGGAGAGGAGAGAGGGUGGUUGAGGAAUCGGUUGAAUGAGAGCAAGUUGGAUUAUUUUUACUGGGUGCUGACGGGGAUCAAUGCGGUUAAUUUCUUGGUGUUCUUGGUGGUUGCUUGGUGCUACAAGAGCAGGGGAAUGGUUGGGAGGGUGACGGAUGAGGCAGGGGAAGAUCAAGGAAAAGGUAAUAAUAAGCAGAAUUUGGCGGGUGGUUUGAAUAAUGGAGGAGAGUUGAAGAGCAUAGUUUUGUGAAAAUUUCAAAAAGAAAAUAGCAUUUAAAACAUUGUUGUUCCUUUUUUUCUAUUGAGCACUUGUUAGUUAAUUUACUGGAAUAAAUUGCGUGUGGAUCU